AUGUGCCAAGUGGGGAAAACCAUUUGCCUCCGCCUACCAGGGCUGCCCAGUCAUACAAGUAUAAGAUUAUUAAUUAUUCCUUCUCCCAAUGUUCUUUCUUUCUUUUUUUUCUUUUAUUUAAAGUUGUUUCUUUCUUUUUCAUUCUUUUGCUUUCUUUCUUUCUGUCUGUUCAAAGUAAAUUAUUCAUUCUCCCACCUCUUCGCUCCUUCUCUCUUUUCUUUUUUUUUUUUUUUCUAUAAAUUAAAACAAAAUUAUUCCUUCUCCCACCUUUUCCUUUUGAAUUUUUUUUCUUUCUUUUUUUUUCUUUCUUUUUUUUUCUUUCUUUUUUUCUUUCUUUCUUUCUUUCUUUUAAAUAAUUUAUUAAAAUUUUUACCCACCUGUUCGCUCUUUUUUUUCUUUCUUUUUUCUUUUUUUUCUUUCUUUUUUUCUUUCUUUCUUUUUCUUUUUUUCUUUCUUUUCAAUAUAACAUAUAAAAUCUUUCUCCUACCUGUUCCAAAUGUAGAUGUAAGCAACGUCUGA